AUGGCCCGUACGAAGCAAACGGCUCGUAAGUCCACCGGUGGCAAGGCCCCGCGCAAGCAACUCGCCACGAAGGCGGCCCGCAAGUCCGCCCCGGCGACCGGCGGCGUCAAGAAGCCGCACAGGUACCGCCCGGGUACCGUUGCGCUCCGUGAGAUCCGCAAGUACCAAAAGUCCACCGAACUUUUGAUCCGCAAGCUCCCGUUCCAACGCCUUGUCCGAGAAAUCGCGCAAGACUUCAAGACGGACUUGCGAUUCCAAUCCUCCGCGGUCCUCGCGCUCCAAGAAGCGUCCGAAGCGUACCUCGUUGGCUUGUUCGAAGACACCAACUUGUGCGCGAUCCACGCCAAGCGUGUCACGAUCAUGCCGAAGGACGUGCAACUCGCCCGCCGCAUCCGCGGUGAGCGCGCGUAA